AUGGAUUUUCUGAAACCGGCAACGGUUCUUGAUCUCAAGAACAUUCGUGAUGAAUUGGUGAGAAUGGAGGAUACUAUUAUCUUCAAAUUCAUUGAAAGAUCUCACUUCCCUACCUGCCCAACCGUAUACAGCAAGAACGAUCCCAAGCUCCCCAUCCGUGACUUUGACGGAAGCUUUUUGGACUGGGCUUUGAUGCACUCGGAGAUCACGCAUUCUAGAAUCAGAAGAUUUGAAUCGCCUGACCAGACGCCAUUUUUCCCAGACAGCAUCCAGGAGCCUAUCUUGCCCAGUAUUCAGUACCCCCGGGUUCUUGCUUCUUACUCUUCAGAGAUCAAUUUCAAUGACUCUAUUAAAGAUGUCUACAUCAAACAAAUCAUACCAAUGAUUUCCAAGUACGAUGGAGAAAGUUGGGAGAAUUUCGGUUCCGUUGCUACCAUUGACAUAGAAUGCCUUCAGAGUCUCAGUAGAAGAAUCCAUUUCGGCAAGUUUGUUGCAGAGGCGAAAUUCCAAGCUGAUCGCGCAGUAUACUCUAAAAUGAUCCAAGAGAAAGACAUUGAAGGCAUUUACCAAAGCAUUACCAACAGUGCAGUGGAAGAAAAAAUCUUAGAAAGACUUUGUGUCAAAGCCGAAGUGUACGGGGUUGAUCCAACAAAUAAAGAAGGUCACAGAAAAAUCACACCUGAAUAUCUAGUGAAGAUCUACAAGGAAUUGGUCAUUCCUUUGACUAAGCAAGUUGAAGUUGAUUAUUUGUUGAGAAGAUUAGAAUGUGAAUGA